AUAGCAUCUCCCCGAACGCAGCUUAAGUAUGCCGUGUGUGGCGCUACCGAUCGCGGGAAGCGAGCGGGAAACUGUGAUGCAAACUUUGGGUUCCGAGCACCAUGAAAGUGUUACACUCGGUGCUCACUCGCACAAGCGCAACCGUGUCCGUGUGCUGCGUAGAGUCUCUGCGCGGACACGGUUGCGCUUGUGUGAGUGAGCACCGAGUGUAACACUUUCAUGGUGCUCGGAACCCAAAGUUUGCAUCACAGGUCUAGAGUAGACGUUUCGAGCAAGAAGACGUUCAGGUUUGACCGUGGUCUCGGUCAGUUGCGCCUUUUGUUCGAGUUGGAAAACCUUGCGUGACGAGUAGUGUCGCGUGUUCAGGAAGCUUAGCUCGUCUGAAAGUCGAGUCGAGUGCAGGUCCAUAGAAGCACAUCCCCACACACAUAUUACAAGAAUGACUGGUGUGAUCAAACGCGAUUCUAUGCUUCCACCGGAAUCCGAUGAUUAUCGAUUUGAAGUUGCCCGUUUGGCGACCUUCAAGAACUGGCCAUGUUCGUGGGUAAAGCCAGAGGCACUCGCGGCCGCUGGGUUUUAUUACACUGGCAAAAGCGACAUGGUGAGGUGUUUUGAGUGUCACUUAGGGAUAUGGGAAUGGCAAGCGGGCUCCAAUCCGAUGGAGGGUCAUAAACAUGGGGCCGCAAGGUGUAAGUUUAUUCAGGAUAUUCCGUGCGGCAACGUGCCGAUCGGCGCGGAUCCUAGCACGAUUCCGGAACCGGUGCCUAAAGAAAAUGACGAAUGUAGCUGUCUUUACGAUAUGAUAUACAUGGGUGGGCCUUAUUCUGGCCCAGACCACGAAGGGACAGAAGAAGAAAAAGUGAAGCACAUGUAUGAAUCGACAGGGCUUGCCUUGAAACCUCAGCAUCCCGCGUAUGCUAAUUAUGCUAUCAGAUUAGCUUCCUUCGACAGAUGGCCUAUAGCAAUGUCGCAAACUAAAGAGUCACUGGCAACCGCUGGUUUCUUCUACACAGGAAGUGGUGAUCAAACGUCGUGCUUUCACUGCGGCGGAGAAUUGAGGGAUUGGAAGCCGCAAGAUGACCCCUGGAUAGAGCACGCCAAGUGGUUCAAACACUGUUCUUAUCUGGUUUUAAUUAAAGGGACGGCAUUUGUGAGCAACAUCACUGGGGGAGAGUAUAUCGCGACAGAAAACUCAGUUACUCAGUUGGAUGAGAAAGUUGAGAAACUUUCUCUGAUGAAUACUGAGAGUAUUGCUAGCGGAAGCUCUCAAAACUCAACGACAUCUGAAGAAGCUAAUACUACAGAAGAGAGUGCUGUAUCAGGUGAGACCAGAAGCGAAGAACAAUCUAUCGAAGGUAACAAACCGUACUAUAAGGACGCAAAAUUAUGCAAAAUAUGCUAGGAUAGAGAGAUACGGAUCGUGUUUAUACCGUGCGGACAUUUAUUGGCAUGCGCGGAGUGUGCGAAAAAUUUGAGAAUAUGCGGCGUAUGUCGUAAGCCUGUUGAACGUACUGUACAAGUGUACUUCCCAUAGUGUCCUUAUCCGUGUGAUACAUAUGCAAAUUUUGCCCCCAAACUUUCUACUUCGUCAUUAUAAAGACUGAUAUUUGGACGCAAAACUGAAUGAUAUGACUCGUGUAGCAUACUGAUCAGCAGGUACAAACUAUGCAAUGUUAAAGCUCUCGUUAAUGAAACACUAGCUUCACGGUUGUCAUGGUCUCAAUAGAACGGAUAUUCUGUUGUAAUACUAAGAAAUCGUGAAUGUAAUUUGUAAUCGUUGUACGAGUAAUAGAUGUUCCUAUAUUAAAAUAUAUAUAUGUAUAUGGCUAUGUAACCGAUAUUGCAAAAAUUGUUAGUGUGUGAAACACGUAUGGCAUAUCACAAAUUUUCAUAUUUGAACUAUUAAAUGGCGCAAAUACAGGAAAUCGUUAAAAUCAGAACAGAUAGAUUGUACCUGCAACGGAAUGUUGCUAUUUGAAUGUUUUUGAGUUUAUAUUGUUGUUCACAAACGCGAUAUUUGCUGAAAAGAAUGCGCUGAGACGGUGAGAUAAAAACAAAGCGACCAUUGUAGGAGUACAAAUAGCAACACAACGCACGGAGUCUAGUCAUUUUU